AGCUCUGAGAGAGGAGCCUUAGCCCUGGGGUUCCAAGGUAUUUCCACCUGCUGAUCAGCACUGAACACAGAGGACUCAGCAUGGAGUGGGGGCUGAGCUGGGUUUUCCUUGUUGCUAUUUUAGAAGGUGUCCAGUGUGAGGUGCAGCUGGUGGAGUCUGGGGGAGGCUUGGCAAAGCCUGGGGGGUCCCUGAGACUCUCCUGUGCGGCCUCUGGAUUCGUCUUCAGCAGCUACCACAUGCACUGGGUCCGCCAGGCUCCAGGGAAGGGGCUGGAGUGGGUCUCAUUCAUUAGUAGUGAUGGGGGUAGCACAUACUACGCAGACUCCGUGAAGGGCCGAUUCACCAUCUCCAGAGACAACGCCAAGAACUCGCUGUAUCUGCAGAUGAGCAGCCUGAGAGCCGAGGACACGGCCGUGUAUUACUGUGCGAGACACAGUGAGGGGAGGCCAGUGUGGGCCCGGACACAAACCUCCUGCAGGGGUCCCCGAGACCGCCAGGGGGCGCCCGGACGCUGCGCACGGGGCUGUCUCGGGGCAGUAAUAUCUGUGAAGCUGAUCCUGUCACCUUGCUGUGAGGAUGCUCAGUGCACAGGUGAGGUCUCACAGAAAAAUCCAAGGUGCAGCGCCAAGGCCUGGCAGAAAUCCUGUCCUGGAGCCAGACAUACGACUGAGUGUCUCAGAAGCAGAUCCCCAGCCCUCUUAUCUGGGCUGCAUGGACAGCAGAGAGCCAGCAGGAAAGGGUCAGAACUCACCCAAACAGAGCCCCAAUUAGCAGCAGAUACAGAGAGGAACCAACCAGAGAACCUAUGA